AUGGGGGCUCACCUGGCCCGGAGAUACCUGGGCGAUGCAUCGGUGGAGCCCGAUCCCCUGCGGAUGCCCACCUUCCCGCCCGACUACGGCUUCCCCGAGCGCAAGGAACGCGAGAUGGUGGCCACUCAGCAGGAGAUGAAUGACGCCCAGCUGGUGCUCCAGCAACGAGACUACUGUGCCCACUACCUCAUCCAGUUUCUCAAGUGCAAGCGCGACAACUUCCCCAACUUCCUGGCCUGCAAGCACGAGCAGCACGACUGGGACUACUGCGAGCACCUCGACUAUGUGAAGCGCAUGAAGGAGUUUGAGCGGGAGCGGCGGCUGCUGCAGCGGAAGAAGAGACGGGAGCAGAGGGAGGCGGACAUGGCCAAAGGCCUGGGGCCUGGCGAGGUGGCCCCCGAGGUGGCCCUGUAG